AUGGCUCCUGCAAAGAAGGGUAGCAGGAAGAAGAAGAGUCACUCUAUUACCAGUGACAUCGUAGUGAGCAGAGAAUACACCAUCCGCAUUCACAAGCAUAUCCAUAGCGUGAGUUUCAAGAAGUGUGCCCCUUGGGCACUCAUAGAGAUCCAGAAAUUUGCUCUGGAGGAGGUGGGAAUUCCAGAUGUGUGCAUUGACACCAGGCACAACAAAGCUGUUUGGGCCAAAGGAAUAAGGAACAUUCCAUACCGCCUUCGUACAGUUGCCCAGAAAACAUAACAAGGAUGAAGAUUCAUCAGCAAGGUCUACACAUUGGUUACCUGUGUAUCUGUCACCACUUUCAAAAAUUUACACACAGUUAAAGUGGAUGAAAACGAAUCAUCAAUUUGUCAAAUAAAGGCAAAAAAUUAA